AUGGAGGUCACUGCUCGAUGUGCUGCUGUGCUCUUCCUCUUGCUUCUGUCCCAGGGUAAGUCAACUGUGCACCUGCUGCAGGGAUAUUAUUUAAUCAUAAUGCACUAAACCUUAACUAUGCUCACUGCUCUGGAUGGUUUAUUUGGUCUUUUUUCAUUGCAACUGAAGACAGCAUGCAGAACCUGUGCUGCAGAUUGAGUUAGAAUUUAACCUUUUGCACAAUAAAAAGUUAUGGGUAGCAGCCAAAAAGCUAUUUACUUUAAGUAACUGUCAGAAAAAAAAGUUUUCAUUUGCUCCACCUUGUUUCAUUUUUAAAAUCUUAAUAUAGGUGUCUUCUUGCCACUUGCACACAUACUUGCAGAGUACUGGAGACCUCUGUCAUAGCUGUCUCAAUCAGAUACCAAAAAAUAAUAAUAAAAUUAUCAAAGUUUUAAUCUUUGUUCAUAUGAUCAUUUGUUGCCUUAUAGUGUUAGUAUUAUUUCCAAACAUCUUCUCUUAUAUUUCAUGCAUCUGUUGAUGUUACGCAGCUCUGAUAUCUGUUCACUCCCAGGAGGUAAGACCACCUAAAACAAGUUUGAAAUCUUGUUUUUAACUUACUCUAGGAGCAAAACUCUGCAUUAACUCCUCCCCGUAUGUCCUUCAGGAGGAGGGGGAGGAUGUCCAGGAGGAGGAGCUGCAGGAGGAGGACCAGCAGGUCAUCGAGACAUGGACCCGCAGUGUGAAGGCCUGCACAUGUGACUGCGAGUCCCCAGAUGCACCAACAAGUGUCCCACCUGUGCUGCUGACCUCACUUCCUCCACAGGAACCUCAGGGGUUCACUCUGGAUUGCAUGCCAGGUGAGGUCCUCCCCUGAGUCACAUGAUAGCUGUCAUUUAUUAGCAGAAAAAGACAGGAUGAACAUGAAGUGAAGGGCAAAAGCAUGGCAGGAAGCAUCACACAUUUAGAUGAGUGAUACUCUGCAUGCAUUCAGUGGAUGUUCAGAGAGCGCUCCUGCUGUGGUGAUGGAUCUCACACCUCAUGGCACCUGACUGUGUCCUCAUCAGCCUCACCUCUGCAGUGCUGCACAAUCACUCUCUGUCAUUACCUUCACAUUUUUCAGCCCCAUUUAUGUUCUUUAAGUUGAAAUGUCUUGGAUUUGUAGAAAAGUCUUGAAGGAAGAGAUCUAGCACAGUAAAUGUUGUAAGAUAAUCUCAUUACCUGCACAGGAAUGUGAUGAGCAGAUUAGGGAGCCUGAAAUAGGGCUGUGCCCUUCACUUAACAGCAUGGUACUGGAAGUGCUGCACAUCAGAUGAUCAUCCACUUCUACUGUACCAGGGAAGACUUCAGGGUAUCAGAUCUGAGUGUGAGGACAAUCACUGCAAACAGGAGAGGUUAGAGGAGAGGGAAACUAUGAAGCCAUUAAGAGUUACCUGGAAUGUAAUCUGUGAUUCUUGCAAUAUUAUACUUUUCUUUUUCAAAUUUCAAAAAACAGAAGUGAGUUAAAUAAUACAUAAAUAAAGACUUCAGAGAAAAAAGAUACAUAUUAAAGCAAACUUUGAAAUGUGAAUGACAAACUCAUCAAAAUGAUUAUUUUUUUAUACGAUACAAUAUGAUACACAUUACUGUCUCACUGGGGAUAUCUGUCUGGGACUCAUGUUCUGCAUGUUCUCAACUGCAUCCACAGAUGUACAAAUAACUAAAACAAAUAAAACAUUGUUAAAACCAGUAAUAAACCCCCAUGCCAACAGAGAACACAUACUAAGGCCACCACAUCAAAUAAGCAACAUAUUUUGCACAAAAUUAUUCACCAAGGAUGGGAAUUUUUUUUUGUAUUUUUCACAGUGAUGCAACAGGUCACAAGUCUCAUGGUUUAGUUGGGUUCAUGGAUGCAGACUCGUGGUCUUAAUCAUUUUUCUAAAUGACAAAAAACUGAGAUAUUUAUGUGACAUAUUCCUGACUGAGCCAUGACCAUGACUAUCACCAUAAUGACCCAAAAUGCCUCUUUGUGCAUCUCAGUAACAGGGCCUUACACUGAAAGCCUAACUUAACAAAGAUGAGGACCCUAACAGCGGCUUUUAAAUGUUGUUUUUACAUCUAAAUGUCUAAAAGGCUGAAUCUCUGUAGUUCAGUGAACGUCUGUCUGUCCUCCACAGAGUGCCCUUACCACAGAGCCCUUGGAUUUGAAUCUGGAGCUGUGACCUCAGAUCAGAUCAGCUGCUCCAACCAGGACCAGCACACAGGCUGGUACUCCUCUUGGACCCCCAACAAGGCUCGUCUCAACAACCAGGGCUUUGGGUACGUCACUAUUUCAAAGGGUCAAAGCUGUAGUUUUUUGUGUUAUCUAUUCUCCCGAUACUCAAUCAUUUUUCCAUGUUAAAACAAGCACUGCUGCUGAAAUGCUGAAGGAAAAAAGCCCCUUUCCCAUGUACACACACUCUUGAAGAUUUGCUGUAUUUAUGCUGCUAGGUGAUUGCAGACUUGGCAGUUGUUUAUAAAAGUGUGACUUCCACAUUGUUGACAAACGCAGACAAAAGCCAUAGGUGAAGCUUUUAAUGGAUGCUUAUCUUUAUUACCAAUCACAUGCUUAAUUCCUGGUGUUAAUGUCGUUUUGUUUACAGUGUGAAGCUUGAGUCGGCACAGGGUGUCUUCUUUUUUUUAGGUCUCUUGUCUUUAUUAAAAAUGUAAAUUUCUGUCGUUGUCAGAUGUGCCUGGCUGUCCAAGUUUAACGACCAGUACCAGUGGGUCCAGAUUGACCUGAAGGAGGUGAGUGUGGUGUCAGGGAUCCUCACUCAGGGCCGCUGUGAUGCUGAUGAGUGGAUCACUAAAUACAGCAUCCAGUACCGCAGUGUGGAGACUCUCAACUGGGUCUAUUACAAAGACCAAACGGGGAACAACAGGGUGAGUACACAGAACUUUAAAUCGGACUGUCCUCUGUGCACCAAAUAAUGUGUGACCCUUAUCAGACAUGAUUAACAUAAUCUGCAGUAAAAAGAUAUUCAUAUGAAAAUAUCAUCGAUCAUUUCUAUCAACAUAGUCUGGAUUCUACAAAAGCUGCAGACAUGAACACAUAUAAAAAGUGUAAGCAAUCUUAAGGAUGAUGUUCAGUGACCAUAACUCCAAAACCUUCACUGUCUGGUCUACACAUCACACUGACCUUCAAGUGUACAAAAGGGGCUGUAGUGACUAGCUCAUAGUUUGGGCCCUUUUACACUGAUGUUUGAUCGGUGUGCAAAGCACUUGUGCCAGACUCUCAUUUGUCUUGCAAAUUUUUGGCAGCAUUUAGUUUUUGUGGUCACUGGUCAGGAUCAAUAACUGACUCUGUUUAGUGAGGGCUGAGUUUCACUCUUGAAAGCGUUAAGCCACAGCCACAAGUUUCAGAGCGGCAACUAGCACGGCACAGUUCCUUCAAUAAAGAUGAAACCUUUGUGCCACUCUGGUAGAUCUGAUAAUUCAACAUAAAGAACAUUUGCAAACUGUCAAAUACUAUCACUAAAAAUAAAUAUUUUUUUCCAGUAUUUUCCCUCCAUUUUCUUUUUUUCACCAGGCACUGAUGAAGUUGCUGUAAGGUCACUUUUUCUAAGGUGGUUUUCUGUUAUUUCAUGAAUGAUGCUUCACUAAAACAUUAGAUGACAGAGUCUGAGUCUGGCCUAAAAGGACAUUUACGGUGAUAUGUUUAUAUAAAAAAUCAAAGCUGAUGAAAACUGUUGAUGUGUGGACUCUGUAAAAUCAGUAAUGUGUGGUUUGGAUGAGUUGAAAUAUGCUGUGCAGGUGUUUGGUGGUCAAAGCAAAGACAACCAAAAUCAAAAGCAGAGUGUGGUCAAAAGCAGUCUGAGGAGGUUACCCUGAAACACUGGCUGCUACUCAAGCUUUAUACACACACAGUACACCUGGUCCGGGUGUGUCUCAUCCUGCUGAUAAGUGCGGGGUGUUUCAGAGUCAUAGCCAAAGCUGGAGCAUCUGUCAUUCAUUUUGGAAGCAGCAGAUGCAAGCUUGAAGACAAACACACCUGCUCCCACCCCAUCUUCAACCACAUGACUGAAAAACUGAAAAAGUUAAGUUACAGCGGAAAGGAAGAACUUCCUUUGACAGGCAGAAACCUCGAGCAGAUCCAGACUGAUGUUAGACAGUCAUCUGCUGAGACUGAGCUGGGUUUAGAUAGAAGAGAGAGAGAUGAAGAAAGAGAGAGAUGGACAAAGACAAACAACAAUAAUAAUGAUAGUACAGACAGAUGGAUAAUGAUAAAUAAUGGACCAUGUAUGUACAGUAUUUACUGGAACAUUAUGAUUAUAAUAAUAAAAGGCUGAUCUUGGUUUGAUUUAGUCAAAAACAAAAGGUUCACAGUAGUGGCACAGAGGUGAUAGCAUUGGUAUUAAUGAAGCAGAGGUAAGUAAUGGAAAUUAGAAUUAGGUCAUUAAAGCAGAAAAAAAUCAAAUAUUCUUACUGACCAGUUUAAGAGCAGAAAUCAACCAUCUGUUCAAGUGGAGUGAUAAAUCAAGUUGAAAACAAAUGUUCAUGCAGUUUACUCACUAUGUGUUCCUCAGGUCUUCUACGGGAACUCCGAUCGUACCUCCACGGUCCAGAACAUCCUCCGCCCGCCCAUCGUCGCUCGAUACAUACGCCUGCUGCCUCUGGGCUGGCACACCCGUAUCGCCAUGAGAAUGGAGCUGCUGAUGUGUAUGAAGAGGUGCAGCUGA